GAGCCCUGGCGGAAGUGGAGCCAGGUGUUGGCGGAAGGAGGCCGCUAUGGGCCUCUGGGCAGGGCGGAAGUGGAAAGGCUGAAGAUAAUGGCGGCGGCCGGUGUGUUGUUCGGUGUCUCUCUGGUGCUGCUGACUGGUCUGUGUCGGGGGAACUCUGUGGAGAGGAAGAUCUAUAUCCUACUGAACAGCACGGCUCCGUGUGUCCGACUCCUCAAUGCCACGCAUCAGAUUGGCUGCCAGUCGUCCAGGAAUGGUGACACGGGUGUCAUCCACGUGGUGGAGAGGGAAGACGACCUGCCCUGGGUACUGGAGAGCGGCCCCACCCCCCCCCCUACAUGGUGCUGCUGGGAGGGCAACUUAUUCAACAACAGAAACAUUCUCCUGAAACUGAAGGGCAGCUCCCGUAUCUCCGGGAUAGCCGUCACCUACGCCAAGCCGCCCCCUCCGGAGGGCUUCUCCUUGGAUGUACCAUGUCCCAAUGAUGGCUUCGGCCUUUACACCAGCGAGCACGGCUCACAGUACGCACACUGCAACGGAACCGUAUGGAACCCCCUGGGUAGCGGCUUCUCCUAUGAGGAUUUCAGCUUUCCCAUCUUCCUCCUUGAGAACGAAAAUGAGACGGAGGUCAUCAAACAGUGUUACAGGAAUCACAACGUACCCGGGAACGACAGCGUGCCACGCUACCCGCUCUGCGCCAUGCAGCUCUUCUCCCACAUGCAUGCUGUCACCAGUUCUGUCACCUGCAUGAGGCGUAACUCCAUCCAGACGUCAUUCAGCAUCAAUCCUGAAGCUGUGUGCGACUCACUUGCCGGUUACAACGUCUGGAGUGCCAUAAAGCCCAUCAACACUUCCUCGGGGUUGCUUCCAGAGGAGCAAGUGGUCGUGUCCGCUGCCAGGCUGGACGGCCGUUCGUUCUUUUGGAACCUGGCGCCGGCUGCAGAGAGCACUGUCGCUGCACUGGUCACCCAGCUGGCUGCGGCGGAAGCGCUCCAUAAAGUCAACGACACGCAGUCACUGCCCAGGAACAUCAUGUUCACCUUCUUCCAGGGGGAAGUGUUUGACUACAUUGGAAGCUCGCGGAUGGUGUACGACAUGCAAAAGGGACGAUUUCCUGUGCGCCUGAACAACAUUCACUCAUUUGUUGAACUCAGUCAGGUGGCGCUAAGAAACAACUCUGUCCUAUGGAUUCACAGUGACCCCGUCUCUCGGACAAAUGAGACGGUGAAUGCCGAGGUGCAGGAACUGAUCCAGACCCUGAAGACGGCGAGUACGGGGGCCAACGUGACCUUGCAGGAGGUGAACCAGUCCCAAGCCCUUCCACCAGCAUCUUUCCAGCGUUUCCUGAAGGCUCGGAAUAUCCCUGGGGUGGUGCUGACCGACCACAGGGCAGCCUACCACAACAAGUAUUAUAACAGCAUGUAUGACCUGGCAGAGACCAUCAAGAUGGACUACCCUAGUGGACUGUCCAAAGACGAAGCCCUGGAGUAUGUUACGGAAACAGCCCAGGCUCUGUCGGAAGUUGCUACUUUGUUGGCCAAAACUUUAUACCAGCUUGCGGGAGGAAACAACACCGUAGACAUUAAGGCGGAUCCCCACACGGUGACGCGGAUGUUGUACGGGUUCCUGGUGAUGUCCAACAACAGCUGGUUCCAGUCCAUUAUUAGGCCAGAAUGGAAGGAUGCUUUGGCGGACAAGCAGCCUCAAUAUUACGUGACGGCCUCUUCAAUGGGCAGCAAGCCGAUCCCCAACAAUCCGACUCGCAUUCUGCUGUCCGUCCUCGCCAAUCUGACCGGCCAGGUGGUGAACUUUACCAAAGAGGAGUGCCAGAACCCAGACAAGGCCACAGAUGCCAAAAAAGAGCUGUAUGACUAUAUCUGGGUCCAGGGCCCCCUUAAUGACAAUACCACCCUCCCGGGAGCCUUUUUGCAUCAGAAGUACCAUGCGCAACCACUUUGCCGAGUCGCCCGCCUUCGAUUUGAACGAGUGGGGCUCCACGGAGUACUCCACGUGGACGGAGAGCCGAUGGAAGGAAAUACGAGCGCGAAUAUUCCUCAUCCCCAGUCAGGAGCUGGAGGUAAUCACGUUGGUCACAGGCAUUGCCGUCCUCCUCAUCUCCUUCUUUGCCACCUACUUCAUCAACGCCAAGGCGGACAUUUUGUUCACAAGCACAGAAGACGCAGGAUCCGUGGCCUACUA